AUGGCUGACGAGGAUCGAUCACUUACAGAAGAUGAACGAAAGGCUCGUAAGAAAGCCGAUCGUGAACGUAAACGUCAAGAAGCUCGUGAUGCAGCUGAAAAAAAGAAACGUUUCGCUUUAACACCGGAAAAAAAACGAAAACUUCGUCUUUUAAUUAUGAAAAUGGCUACUGACAAUCUUAAAGGUGAACAACAACGUCGUUUAGAAGCUCGUAAAAAUUAUAUUGAACAACGUUUGAAAGCACUUGAAGAUGUCAGUUCAAUGAGUGAUGCUCAACUUAAAUCACUUUGUCAAGAUCUUUAUGCUCAAUUGAAAACAACUGAAGAAGCUCGUUAUGAUUUGGAAUUUCGAGUUCGAAAACAAGAUUAUGAUAUUAAUGAAUUGACAAUUAAAAUCAAUGAUAUUAAAGGUAAAUUCGUUAAACCAUCACUUAAGAAAGUUUCAAAAACAGAACAAAAAUUGAGUAAAAUCAAAAAACCAAAAGAAGAUGAACCUAAUUUUAUUGGUUUGGCUAAUUUAAAACAAACAACAAAUAAAUUUGCUCUCAAAGAAGAACAAGCAGAAGACGAAAAAAUUAAUUAUCGUGAUCAAAUUCAACUUAAAUCAGCCAAAGAACAUAAAGAAGAAGAUGCAUAA